UCCCGCACCACCCCAAGCGUCAAAAUAAAGCUUGGUAGGUCCUUAGCGACUUGCCUCCUCAAAAACUAGCUAUUAAAAUCGGUGGAAUUUCUUGUAUCGACCUUGGGGGUCUGCAGCCUCGUAGACAGAGAUUAGAUUGACAUGGCAGGCUCUACAGUCCAACAGAGCCGAUCGAGAGACCUAGACAAGUUACUUCUCAGACCCGGCAAUCUCGUUGCUCCCACCUUCGAAUCUGGUGUUCAAUUGAGAGAUGAUCUUCAAGAGUAUGCAAGAUUAUUGGUAAUUGGGGCCGGUGGUUUGGGUUGUGAGCUGCUAAAGGACCUAGCUUUAUCAGGUUUUAAAAAUCUUGAAGUCAUUGAUAUGGACCGUAUCGAGGUUACUAAUCUCAAUCGCCAGUUUCUUUUCAGGCUCGAAGAUGUUGGGAAGCCUAAGGCUGAGGUGGCAGCCAAGCGGGUGAUGGAAAGAGUUAGUGGCGUGAAUAUUGUGCCUCAUUUUUGCCGAAUCGAGGAUAAAGAAAUUGAUUUUUAUAAAGAUUUUAGUAUUAUUGUGCUUGGUCUUGAUUCUGUUGAGGCUCGGAGCUAUAUAAAUGCUGUAGCUUGUGGUUUUCUUGAAUAUGAUUCUGAUAACAAUCCACUAGAAGAAACAGUCAAACCGAUGGUAGAUGGUGGGACUGAAGGUUUCAAGGGGCAUGCUAGGGUUAUAAUACCAGGAUCCACACCGUGCUUUGAGUGUACUAUCUGGCUUUUCCCUCCUCAAGUGAAGUUUCCUCUAUGCACCCUUGCAGAAACCCCUAGAACUGCUGCUCAUUGUAUUGAAUAUGCUCACUUAAUUAAAUGGGAUGAGGUUCAUAGUGGAAAGACUUUUGAUCCAGAUGAUCCAGAACAUAUGAAAUGGGUUUACACCGAGGCUGUCAAGAGGGCUGAACUUUUUGGUAUUCAAGGUGUUACAUAUUCUCUUACUCAGGGUGUUGUGAAAAACAUCAUACCAGCGAUUGCUUCUACCAAUGCAAUUAUAUCAGCUGCAUGUACUUUGGAAACCUUAAAGCUUGCCUCGGGAUGCAGCAAAACUCUAAGCAACUAUCUGUCGUAUAAUGGCGUGGAAGGUCUACACAUCAAAGUGACUGAAUUUAUGAGGGACAAGGAUUGUCUUGUUUGUGGUCCAGGUGUUCUUAUUGAGCUGGACACUUCAGUUACUUUACAAAAGUUUAUUGACAUGCUUGAAGAACAUCCUAAGCUUCUCCUGUCAAAAGCUAGUGUUAGACACCAAACAAUGAAUUUGUACAUGCAAGCGCCUCCAGUUCUGGAGGAGAUGACUCGAUCGAACCUAGGCUUACCACUUUUUGAGCUUAUGGGUAAUGUUUCAAAGGACAUUGUUCUCGUGACUGGUACAACAAGCAAGGAUGACAAGAAAACUUCAUGUCUGAGAAAAUUACGCCUUGUUUUCAAGGGACAGGAUGCAGUUAUAGAUGUGGAAAUGGCUGUUGGAGCGUAAUUUGCACUGCAGAUGGAUAUUUAGCAGCAUAACUUUUCAAUUGCACAGGAUAAAGUCUUUCUCAGAAAAUUUCGCCCCUACAGACAGAAGUCCAGUGUCAAGUUUUGAUGUCCUUUUACUUGUUAACAAUUAACUAUAUUAGCAAGAAAACAAAUGUUAGUAACAAAGAUUUUCGAGUUCAAGUUCAGGUCUAUGCUUGGAUCAUAGGCUAUGUGUAGCUUUUGUACGAGCAAUUGGUUAGACUAGUUACUCCUUCUCAUGCAGUUCCACAAGAAAAAAAAUGCUUCACUACAUCUUUUCACCGAAGAUCAGAUACGAAGCAAAAUGGAAUAUUUUAAUGCUACCAAUCCUUUGUGUCA